CGGGAUAUUUCAGUGUAGCCAAGCCCCUUUAAAACAUUACGCAUAUCGGGGGCUGGCGUAUCUAUGCUGUCGUGAGGUUAUCUAUCCAUUCUCGACACUAUUCGCCGGGUACAUGUGGAAAUCGUAGAAAGCGCACAGUGCAAUUUGAGAAUAACAUCAAAUCAAUACGAGCGCGCAUGAGUUGGGUUUAUACCGGGAAAUGUACAUGAACAUCGCAGGUCUUUUACUAAAACUGAGUUGUUUGAAGAGCGUCUCGUGAAACAGUCUAAUACCAACCAAACUCAAUCUGAACGACAGUGGAAUUUGUGUUCUCCUUAAACCUGCAACCGUUGUGAUUUUCCUGGAUUUAAAAGCACAAGUUGCGGACAAAUUGGAUAAGACACCCCAGGGAAGGGCACUGAAUACUUGCACGAAAUUGCAGGUCGUGGAAUGAAACCUCUUUUAUAAGAAUUGAAGGUUUGGACUGGUGUACAUGGAACAGAAAGUGGAAUUCUGGGAUGUUUGCAAUGUCAGCGAAGGAACAGUAGGACUUGUAUUUCUACCGAUUGGUGUCAUAGGAGAGGUGUUUUUAACCAAACCAAGCUGCUGGGAGGUCAAGGGGUGACAUGCCUCUGUAACACAUUGUUGGAAACAAAUGAUUGGUUGCCAUGCCUCCGGGGAUGGUGCGAAGUGGUUUGUCAGUCCUGGUGGCGGUCCCAGCCCCAGUACUGUUGCUGCUGCUAGCUGCCGGCUGGCCCUCCUAUGGCCUGGCCUGGGCCUCCUCCCCCUACCCCACCUUUACCCGCAACGACACCCUCUUUGAGCACAUGACCCUGCACCCGGACCCUGCGGUGGGACGUGUCUACGUGGGGGCGCAGGACCGCCUCUUCCAGCUGGACCACCACCUGACUGCCGAACUCCAGUUCGACACCGGACCCGUGACGGACAGCCGUGAGUGCCUUCCACCCGUCACCGAGGGCAACUGCCCACAGGCGCGGCCCACCAGCAACCACAACAAGCUCCUGCUGGUGGACCCCUACUCUAUGGAACUGAUCACAUGUGGCAGCGUCAACCAGGGCAUCUGCCAGAAGCGGAGUUUAGACUCUGUGGGUACGGUGCUGUUCUCAGCCGAGCGGCCUGUGGACACGCAAUACGUGGCAGCCAACCACCCCAACGUGAGCACGGUGGGCCUGGUGGUGCGCUCCCGCCCUGACCGCCAGCCCGUGCUCUUUGUGGGCCGCGGCUACACCAGCAGCCACCCACCUAUCUCCACGCGCAACCUAGUCCAGGAGCCCGUGUUUUCCUACGAAGAAACUGCAAAGCUAUCGGUGGCGGGCCGCCUCUCGGAGUACGACCACCACUUCGUGGCCUCCUUUGCCCAGCGCCAGCAUGUCUACUUCCUCUUCUACCGGCGUGACCUCAAGUCCCAGUCGCGCGAGUACCGCACCUACGUGUCGCGCGUCUGCCUGGAUGACCAGGCCUACUACUCGUAUGUGGAAGUUCCUCUGGCCUGUCGCUCGGCAGCCGGUAAGAGCUACAACCUGCUCCAAGCUGUCCGCCUUGGUCUACCACCCAGGGGGAGUGGGGGCGAAGCUGGGAAAGCCGAGGUGCUCCUGGGGGUGUUCUCCACACAUCAGACCUCGUCCACACGGCCCAGUGAGGACUCUGCUCUCUGCAUGUUUAACCUGGACAAUCUGGACCAGAGGAUCAACUCCACCAGGGACCUGUGCUACACGCAGUUCGGCCGUGCCGAGGGAGGGGGGGAGGCGGCCUACAUCGAGUACGAAGUCAAAUCCAACUGCGCCAACCUGCCGUCGAACACCCUGGAUGCCUACCCAUGUGGUUCAGACCACACCCCCAGUCCAAUGGCCAGCCGGGUGGCUGUGGAAGCCGAGCCCAUAUUGGACAGCCCAUCCACCCGUCUCACCGCCGUGGCUGUCAGUGUGAGGGCGGGACAUACAAUCGCCUUCCUGGGGGAUUCCAAGGGAAACCUGCGCAAGGUGUUUCUGGGCCCUAACGGUGAGGUGGAGGAGUACGCCGUCGUCUCCAUCCAGGCCAACGCGGCCAUCAGCUCAGACCUGCUCCUGGAUCAGUCUGAGGAGCACCUUUUCAUCAUGACGUCCACCAUGCUCCAGAAGAGGCCAGUGGCUGAGUGCCACGAACAUCUGGACUGCCAAGCCUGUCUGUCUGCCCAUGACCCCUACUGUGGAUGGUGUGUCCUGGAGGGGAGGUGUGGCCAGCAGGCUCAGUGUUCACGCGGGGCCCAGGCAGGCCAGUGGCUGUGGAGCUUCGACAUGGAGCAGAAGUGUCUCACCAUCCAGUCCCUCAGCCCCUCCAACAUCAGCCGGCAGGAGAAGAGAAGUAUCUCUCUAUCAGUCCUGGGCCUGGCCGUCCUAGAAGAGGACAAGUCGUACUCCUGUUUCUUUCACGACUCUGAGAGUCCUGCCACAGUCACCGACAUGGGGGUCACCUGCCUCUCCCCUGACCCCCACAGGGUGCUGACUGGGCCCCCGGGACAAGAUUUUGUCACGGUCACCCUGUCCCUGCGCUUCGGUAACGUCGUCGUCACGGCGACAGAGUUCACCUUCUACGACUGUACUGCCGCCAAGCAGCUGUCUGGGAGCGUGCCUUGCCGCGGUUGUGUGUUGAGUCGCUGGGGCUGCAACUGGUGUGUCCACCAGCACACCUGUACCCACAAGCCCGCCUGUGACGAGGGGGUUAUCAUCUAUAACGAACACUUCAAACUCCCCACCCCGGCUCCUCCCACAACAGUGUCCCCAACAACCGUACCCCUGACAACUACAACAACAACCCCAACAACUACAACAACAGCCCCCCCUACAACUACCACAGCAACUAUCGCCACAACUACAUCAAUCAAAGCCCCUACCACCAUAGCUACCGCCCUGGAGCCUAUGACAACAACCCUGUCUACAACCACCACACCGGAGCCGACUACACUGCCCAACCCUGCUAUGCCGACCGAGGCCCCCACUACUGCUAUGCAGACCGAGGCCCCCACCAUUCUUCCCCCUACAACGUUAGCCGAAGCUAUAACGCCCAUACCUGAGACCACCACUAGUGAGGCUGAGGAGCAAACAACUGCGGAAGAGCUCGUUGCAGAGGCUGAAAGUGAAACUGUAGGCCCCGUGGUUACCCCUGGCAACGUGGAGCUUGCCGCGGAAACUGAGGUGGCGACGGUUAUGACCAAAGACGGGCAGCCAUCCGAGGAUGUCGCCACUCUAAUCCCCCUGGCGUUCCCACCCGAGACAUCCCCAUUGGAAGUGGUUACUGCACCCCCCCCUCAGGAACUGGACAAGGCUCUGAGUCUGGCGGAGCCCCCCAUGGAGGUCCAGCCCACACCCGUCAGCUACCCUUUCCCAGCCCCCUUCCCCCUGGGGGAACCGGUCGACUCAGAUCUCACCUUCCACCUGGACCUGACAGAGGCCCCCUCCCCACUCCCUCUAGACCACCUCCACCCCACCGACGCCAAGGGCCAGGGUGCCGAGCCGGAAGUGCUUCUCUGGCCCAGGGAGGAAGUGGAGGAGGAAGCGGAGGACACAACGGUAGAGAACGACACAUCCACCACGUUUUCGGCCACCAGCGUGUUGUCAGGGGACGGAGAGGCCGCUGACCACUUCCUUUCGGGCUCGGCCUACCCCCAGCUCCUGGACGCCGACUCAGAGCUGGACUACCAGUAUGACUCAUCCGACACCUUCCUGCCGGGGGACUCAAGCUCCUAUGUGGGUUGGGGCUCGUCUGCUUGCCCCUGUGUGGAGAAGGUCCAGGGUUCUCAUCUGUUACCAGUCAGAGUGGCGAGGAAGAUCACACUAUUCGCCAGAAACCUCCACCUGUACCAGGACACAGACCUGGACUACGAGUGUGUGUUGGUGAUCGAGGGGCAGACGGUGGUGGUAGACGCCUAUGUGGAGAUGGAUGAGAUGAACCCGUCUCUCUUUGACAUCACCUGUCAGCUGCACCAGUAUUCCUACUCCGCUCCAGUGGAUGAGUACAACGCCAUGGUGUACGUAAAGAGGCGGGACACCUUUCACGUGGACAGCUCUCAUGACCUGUACGUGACUCUGUACAACUGUUCUGUGGGGCGUUCUGACUGUAGCCAGUGUCACACGGCGGACCAGAAGUAUGGCUGUGUGUGGUGUGGAGGGGACCAGUCCACCUGUCUGUAUGGAGACUCCUGCAGCGAGCCCCUCGAACAGACCUGCCCCGCCCCCGUCAUCCAUGCCAUUGAGCCCCUUUCUGGACUGGUGGAGGGGGGAACCGUGCUGACCAUCUCGGGGUCCAACCUGGGCCAGAAGGCUGAGGACAUCCUGCACUCUGUCACUGUGGCUGGGGUUUCCUGCUCUGUCAUCCCCCACCUCUACGAGGUCUCCUCCAGGAUUGUGUGUAAGACCAAAGCCAGUGGGGGAGAGAAGACGGGCCAAGUGUCAGUAGAAGUGAGCGGGGGAGAGUUUGGCCUCUCCAGCCAGAGGUUCAGCUACCAGGAUCCGUUUGUGAUGGAGGUGUCCCCCCAGAGGGGUCCCAAGGCGGGGGGCACGUCCCUGACCAUCACUGGGAGGAACCUGCUCACGGGACGCCCCUCUGACAUCACUGUCACCGUCGGAGGAGUGCAAUGUGUCAUUUUAUCAGAGGCCCAGGAUGACAGUGUGGUGUGUGUGACGGGCAGCAGCAACAGGACGGGUGAUCACCGCGUGACGCUUCACUAUGGCAACAGCCAGCGUCACCUUCACAAGUCAGCCUACAGCUUCACCCCCAACCCCAACAUCACCCAGGCUGUGCCCGCCAAGAGCUUCCUCAGCGGUGGCCGUCUGAUCUUCGUGUCCGGUCACAACCUGGAUGUGGUACAGCAACCUAACAUGUUGGUCACUGUGUUCCCCUGGGAGUCCAUCCCCCAGAGGAGAAGGAGGAGGAGUGGAGGAGAAAGGGAGCAUGAGACAGAGGACAAGGUGCUGUGGAGGCAUCGCAGGAUCGUACCGGAGCCCAACUGCCCUGGGGACCCAUUCUGCUCCAUCAUACAGUACAUGGAGCGUUGCGAGGUCAACUCGUCCAGUCUGAUCCUGUGCCGGAGCCCGGCAUUGGAGCCCUCUGUGUGGGGCUCGCAGGUGGACGUGGCCUUCCUCCUGGACAACCUGCGCUUCCCGUUUGGUGCCGUCAGCCCCCAGGGGGCCUUUAGCUAUGAGCCUAACCCCGUGCUGCACCCGCUCAACCAGCAGGAGCCCCUCAAGCCCUACCGCUACAACCCAGGAAGCUUUAUUCAGCUGGAGGGUGAGAACUUGGACCUGGCCAUCUCUAAAGAGGAGGUGGUGGUGUUGGUGGGGGAGGGGGUGUGUGCUGUGAAGACCCUGACCAGGAACCACCUGUACUGCGAGCCCCCACCCCAGCAGCCCUUCCCGGGACCCCCCAAUGGCGGAAGGAAACGCGAGGGUGCCGACACGCUGCCCGAGUUCACCGUCCACAUGGGCAACCUGAACUUCUCCCUGGGCAUGGUGCAGUACGACAUCCUCAGCCUGUCCACCUUCCCCCUGGAGGCCCAGGUAGGGGUGGGCGUGGGGGCCUCCAUCCUAGCCCUCAUUGUCCUCAUCAUAGUGCUCAUCUACAGGAGGAAGAGUAAACAGGCUCUGAGGGACUACAAGAAGGUUCAGAUCCAACUGGAGAACCUGGAGACCAGUGUGAGAGACCGCUGCAAGAAGGAGUUCACAGACUUGAUGACGGAGAUGAUGGACAUGUCCAGUGACCUGGUGGGCUCGGGCAUCCCCUUCCUGGACUACCGGCACUAUGCCGAGAGGAUCUUCUUCCCGGGCCACCGCGAGUCGCCCCUGCGGAGGGAUCUGGACGUACAGGAGAGUCGGCGGGCCACAGUGGAGCAGGGCCUGGUGCAGCUCUCUAACCUGCUCAACAGCAAACUCUUCCUCACCAAGUUCAUCCAUACUCUAGAGAGCCAGCGGACGUUCUCACCAAGGGACCGGGCCUACGUGGCCUCUCUCCUGACUGUGGCGCUGCAUGGUAAACUGGAGUACUUCACAGACAUCCUCAAGACCCUGCUCAAUGACCUGGUGGAGCAGUACGUGGUCAAGAACCCUAAACUCAUGCUGCGGAGAACAGAGACAGUGGUGGAGAAGCUGCUGACCAACUGGAUGUCCAUCAGCCUCUAUGCUUUCCUCAGGGACUCUGCAGGUGAGUCUCUCUACAUGUUGUUCAGGGCUAUCAAGCACCAGGUGGACAAGGGGCCGGUGGACGCGGUGACUGGCAAGGCCAAAUACACGCUCAAUGACAACCGUCUCCUCAGAGAGGAUGUUGAGUACAAGACCCUGACCCUGAACGUGUUGAUGCAGGGCGGGGGGGUGAAUGAGACCCAGCCGCUUCCCUCCAAGGUGCUGGACAUAGACACCAUCACCCAGGUGAAGGAGAAACUCCUGGACCAGGUCUACAAGGGCACCUCCUUCUCCCACCGGCCACACACAGACUCUCUGGACCUGGAGUGGAGGUCUGGUGUAGCAGGUCAUCUGAUCCUGUCUGAUGAAGACCUGACGUCUAUUGUCCAGGGCAAUUGGAAACGCCUCAACACACUCCAACACUACAAGGUUGCAGAUGGCGCGACAGUGGCUUUGGUCCCGCGCCACAGCAAACACAUUCAUCACGACAACCACGACUACGUGGCAGGUGAAAAGACGCCCAUGCUGGAGGAUGCAGACGAGGGCGGGGUGAGGCUGUGGCACCUGGUCAAGGCCGGUGAAGAGCCUGAGCUACCCAAGCACCGCCGCGGCAGCGUGAGGGAGAGGGCCAAGGCAAUACCAGAGAUCUACCUCACACGUCUGCUCUCCAUGAAGGGCACUCUGCAGAAGUUUGUGGACGACCUGUUCACGGUGAUCCUGUCCACCAGUCGUCCCGUUCCGCUGGCCGUCAAGUACUUCUUUGACCUGCUGGACGACCAGGCGCAGCACCACGCCAUCACCGACCCUGAGACCAUCCACAUCUGGAAGACCAACAGUUUGCCCCUGAGGUUCUGGAUCAACAUUGUAAAGAACCCCCAGUUUAUCUUUGACGUCCAGCCCUCGGACCACGUGGACGCCGUGCUAACGGUCAUCUCCCAGACCUUCAUGGACUCCUGCACCACCUCAGAGCAUAAACUGGGCAGGGAUUCACCAAUAAACAAACUGCUUUAUGCCAGAGAUAUCCCCCGGUACAAGCAGAUGGUGGAAAGGUACUACGCUGACAUCAGACAGACCAUCUCUGCCAGUGACCAGGAGAUGAACUCCGCACUAGCAGAACUAUCCAGGAAUUACUCAGGCGAUUUGAAUUACCUUGUUGCCCUGCACGAGUUGUACAAGUACAUCAACAAGUACUAUGACCAGAUCAUCGGGGCCCUAGAAGAGGACAGCACGGCCCAAAAGAUGCAGCUGGGCUACCGGCUCCAGCAGAUCGCUGCAGCCGUAGAGAACAAAGUCACUGACUUGUGACAGUGAAACCACUGACCAAGACCACGUCGGCAGAGGGGACCACAUUAAGAGACCCACAGGAGUGGGGGAGGGAAACUCAGAGGGGGUGGGUUAGGAGGAUGGACAGACCGGACCAAUAGACAGAUCAACACAAAAUCCCCCUACUGUCAGAAGAGGGGAAGUAUGGUUCUAGGGGUAAGGACCCCAAACACCCCACCCCUUUUCCACAUUAAGGAGCAAUGAGUGACUGUUGUUCACACACAACAGUCACCCAGGGGGUUGAAAAGGGGAUGUGGUGUAUUGGGCUGCUGAACACGUGAAACUCUCUAGAGGUGGUGGUAUACUCUCCACUGUGGACAAGACAGGAGGGAAAGAUAAAGGGAGACACACAAACAGACGAGGAGCCUUUGUUUGUAUGUCCCAUCCGUUCACCCUUCAGCCCUGAGUUGGACCACAUUGUGGCAUCUGCCUCUCUUGUAGAACUCUCUGUGGAACUAGAAUAAGUGGCUUGGGAGAUCCGGACGUUACCUGAUGUGUCAAUGGAAACGUGCUGAAGUCUCAUAUGAAUGAAUGAAAGGAAGACUUAUGUCUAUCAAAAUGCUGGUUGUAGCUAGAUGGAGAGCAAGUGUGAGUGAGAGUUGGAAGGGACCAUGCUGGUUUCCCCCCUCAUUCAAGACGCAACAUCCCUUUCCACAUGAAAUGUGGUGUGAAAAGUUUUAUUAGCAUUUAAUAAACAUUCUCUAGAUAUUACAUUGUCAACAAUGCAGUUGCAUACAGUACCUUUCCUAGGGGCUUGAGUCUUAUAAGUUAUCGGCACUCUCUACCUCCUUUUACUCACCUGAAAACUCAAGUUAUCCUCUUAUUUCUUUAACCCUGAAGCUUUUUCUUGUGUUUCGUGGUUUGUCUGCUAGGUUAAACCAGAUUGCUCUCUCCCUCUGACUCUCUUUAUGUCAAAACAGUAGCUUUGUUCCAUAUCCGUCCAAAUCAUAAGUACCCGUAGUAUCUUUCGGAGUAGUGGACAAAUGCCACAUACGCGCACACACACACACACACACAGAGUUCACUCAAUCAUGACACUCUUGAGACGACUCUUCUUUUUUAAUGUUUUUUUAAAUGUGUAAUUAUUGCCAUUCCGCUUUUUCAGGUAGCUCCCGAGUCUAUACAAAUCUGUGUUCCUCUUUAUGGUAUUGAAUGGGAGGAAGAUGUUAAUGUCGGAGUUGAAAUGAACAGCUCUUGGAAAGAGGCUCCAGCUCGCGCUCUGCAGGACUAAAGAAAGAAUGAUACUGAAAGCAAAGAAGCAGUCUUUUCAAAAGGUACUGGAAAUAGGUGACCGUGUGAAUGUUUUGAUGUUUUUAAAGGGUAACAGUCACUGGAGGGACACUAGAUCAUAGAUUAAACAAACAAAUCUCAACUGUAGAAUUGUAUAUAUUUCAAACAUGUGUCCCACCGUAUUUUAUGGUGUAUAUUCAUACAGCUUUCCUUGUUGUACAUUUUUAACAUAACUUUUUUUUUAAAACAAGAAAAGUCUAUUGAAUCAUGUUCUCAUGGUCUGCUGUUGUGAGGUAGCUUAUUUAUCUGACAAUUGGCAUCUGCGCCGUUGAUAUGUGUAUUGCAGUUAUUCUAUUGAACACAAGAUGGCGACAGCUCCUACGUUUGUUGAACUUGUUCUCUAACACUGCUGUUUUAACUGUCUAUAUGUAAGUCGCUCUGGAUAAGAGCGUCUGCUAAAUGACUUAAAUGUAAAUGUAUAAGGUUUCACAGAAGAUACUUUGACCUAGUCACAUUUUGCAACGUUUGAUUAAGUAUUAGAAUUAUAACUACAUUGCCAUUUCUGUACUUUACCGAAACUCGUUUUCUUAUGAUUUACCCAUGGGUUGUGUUAUUCAUAAUUUGCUCAUCUCUGCAUUCUCUAUUAGACUAUAGCGUCAUUUUCUAACAGUAUGCAUAUCCCAAAUGGCACCCUAGUCCCUAUAUAUGCGUAUCCCAAAUGGCACCCUAGUCCCUAUAUAUAGUGCACUACUUUUGAUUAGAGCCUUAUGUAGGAAAUAGGGUGCCAUUUGGGACAGAAACCUAGACUAAUCAUUCUAUCCCACAGAGCUUGAUGGUUUGAAGUUGUGAUUAAAUAUUUUGGUAAAGCUGUGUACCAAGAACGUUAUCACACGAAUUGGAGGUGUUGCAUGUAUGUUAACGACACAUAACUGAUGUUAGACUUAUGGAUGAAGACAUUUAACACUACCCAUGUGGUAGGCUAUAUCUUUAUAUGCGGGUGCACUGUUGGCUUUCUAGUGAGUAGACACCAAUAAGAGGCUGACAAUGAGUCAGCAGAUUGGUCAUUUAACUGUAAAACCCAAUCAAAUGAUCAGUUUUGUCCUAUUUUGAUAAUAAUUUUGAAGAGAUUAAAGUGUAUGUAGUUUUUGCGUUGCAUGCUAUUGUGUGGGUUCUCCAGUUUGCUGCAUUUUCCUGUUCACCGCCAUUGUCCCUAGAUUGCACAGCAUAAACGAGUCAUAGUAGCUUAUUGGUUAACAUCACACUAUUUUUCAAUGGACAAUUUGUAUUGUCAUAUGCUUUCAAUGUAGACUAGUAUUAUGUAUGAAGCCUAAUAAUGGUGAAGAGAGCAGGUGGUGGUCAUUUGAAGGAAAACUAUUGUUAGGCUGUAUAAAUUUAGCUAUGUAGAGCAGGCUCUGCAAGGAGCACUUUAAGGUUGAUUUUUAUUUUGUCUGUUAAUAUAGUUGUACAUAAUGAUUGAAUAAUGUAACUUGUAGCGACUUUACCUGCUGUUUAAUAAGAGUGUAAAUUCCUACAUAUGGUGAGGUAAUAAAGUAUUUGUAAAAUCA